AGCAAGUAAAUCAGAAAGUCAGAAUGAUUCGGAAUAUCGCACUGGUUGCACUUAUCGUUGCAUCGGUCGUCGCCGAUGCACCGUAUCCUGCCUCUGGAUGGAGACCGGAAGGAGCCCAGUUCCGUUUGCCAACGGAAUACGGUGCUCCGUUGCUGCUGUUCCAACGGCAGCCACAACCAGUGGUGGUUCAAAUUACGCGGGAAAAUGUUCGGCUAGCUGGCCGCGUGGUUGAGCAGGAACAACCAAGCUCCACCGUGGAACCUGUAACACAGUCAAACGAAUACGUUCCACCAACAACCACAUCAACGACUGAGCAGCCGGAUUUGGACCCGCUUAAAGUUCAGGGAUUACCGUCCGAUCAGAAAAAGGAUUUCCAGCAGCGUGCCAAUCUUCGCCAGCAAUCUGCCAAUAAGCAGCCACCGGCCAACUUUAAUCAACGGCCCUUUUUUCCUUUAAGUGGACAGCUUCGCGCGCUUCCCGGUGUUCAGGGUAGUGUUCUGCAGCAGCAACAAGUACAACCUCAGACACAGAUCCCGGCCGACACCUAUGGCCCACCGGAAGAGGAACAGCAGCAACCGGAAGUAACUCCCGUAACGACCGAACAACCAGAUGUGCCCCAGGAGGAUAAGGACGAGGAUGAAUACAACGACGAUGACGGACAAACGAGGGUCGCCGUUUCCAACUCGUUUGCUGGACAAUACUACAUUCUGACUCCGGAGAACACUCUGCAACGUGUCGUCUAUAGCGCAAUGGUCACGGACGAAGAUCGUGAGGUAAACGGCUUUUCGGCUCAACUGAAAUAUUCUCCAGUUGAUCCGAUUCGUGGGCCAGUCUAUACCUACGACGAGCAGGGACAGUUGAUUCAGAUUUACAAGUAAUUAACAUGAUUGUUAACUUCUCAUUCGCCCGUUAUAUUCGCCGAUUUUGCUUUCGU